AUGGAUUUAUCAAAAGAUUCUUGCUCUAAAAAACCCAAGGAAGAAGCAGGAUUUUUUUCUCUUUUAUUUCUAUCAUGGAUGAACAAUCUUCUAUAUACUGGUUAUAAACGGCCUUUGCAGGAUAAUGAUUUGCACGAGUUAUCAGAUGAUCAUUAUGCCGAAGAAAUAGCAGAACAAAUUGACGAUGCCUGGGAAGAUGAGGUCAUGAAUGCCAAGAACAGUGGAAGACAACCUCGUCUAUGGCGAGCGGUGCUUAAGAUAUUCCCAUUGCAACAAUAUGUGUUAGUCCUGGUUUUGAAAUUUAUGCACACAGCAAUGGGCUCCAUAUUUCCAGUUCUACUUUGGUUUUACCUCAGGACUCUCAAGGAGGAUUUUCAGCAUUACCAAAAGUAUGCUACUCUUUCUGCUGCUGGGAUCAGUGUUGCUGUAUUGAUUCGAGUGUUUGCCGGCAAACAUCACGAUCUUCAAACAAGAUCUAUGGCAAUAAAUCUCAAAGUAGCAUUGAUUGGACUAAUCCACAAAAAGUCACAACAGGUCACAUCCAAAACCUCAUGUGAUGUGCAAAGAAUGGAAGAUUCGUACAUGGUGAUAUCAUCCUUGAUAAUGACGCCAUUCAUUAUUGUCAUGUCCUUGGGCGUGUUGCUGUUAUUCGUUGGUUGGCAGUCUUUAUGUGGUGUUAUACUCCUUCUCUUUUUUGUUAUUCUCUCCUUUUCUAUGGCCAAAAAGUACGCCACGUUGCGUAGAAAGCAAGCUGAGUUGACAGAUCAGCGCCUAGGUAUUUUGAACGAAAUCGUCUCAGGGAUUCGAGCUGUAAAGACUUACGCUUGGGAACAGAGUUUUAUGAACUUGAUUAAAGUUGUGAGAAGGAAAGAAAUUGACUACGUCGUUCGCAAAACCAUAUUCUACUCACUAAAUAAUUCAGCCGAAGAUGCUCUCAAUGACGUCACAACGCUAAUAGCCAUAGUAGCAUUGAUUUACUCAGGAAUUCAUCUUUUUUCCUAUCAUAUAUUUACUAUGGCUACGAUAUUUCAAAAUCUAGCUAAUUGUAUGGCUUAUAACAUCGAUUACUGCUAUCGUUAUAUUCAAGAUAUAAAAAUCUCAUUGCAGAGAAUAGAAAAGUUCUUGUUAGAAAAAGACUUGGAUUUUGAACUAGAACUCAGUCCUUUUGAAGCUUCAGAUCAAGUUUCAGGUAUGACAAGCAACAUCGAUAACUAUAUGAUACUAAAAGGCCUAUCAGCAGCAUGGAGCACUAGUCAGCAAAAUGUGAUUCAUGAUAUCACUCUCAAAGUCAGUCCACAUCAGUUGAUGGUUAUCACAGGUCCUGUUGGCAGCGGAAAGUCUUCUUUACUGAUGGCUAUGCAGAGAGAGAUUCCCAUAACAUCUGGAAAAAUUUCAUUUCAUGGUAAGAUGGCUUAUGUUUCACAAGUACCUUGGACAUUUUCUGGGACGGUGCGUGAUAAUAUUGUCUUUGGAAAAACCUUUGAUAAGAUGAAAUAUCAAAGGAUUCUUGACCUUAGCGGUUUGCAGAAGGAUAUGAAAAGAUUYCCAAAAGGAGAUCUAAGCAUGAUUGGUCAACGUGGUGUCGUCCUGAGUGGUGGUCAGCGGUCUCGUGUCAGUCUAGCACGCGCAAUGUAUUCAGAAGCAGAGAUAGUUUUACUUGACGACCCAUUGAGUGCCGUGGAUGCUAAAGUUGGUCAACAGAUCUUUGAAAAGUGUGUUUGUGAAGAGUUGUCAGGUAGUCUUAGAAUUCUAGUUACACAUCAGUUGCAGUAUCUUCCUCGAGCCGACUGGAUAGUUAUAAUAAAAGAUGGUCGCAUUGAAGACCAAGGAUCGUACGAGAAACUGAAAGCAAGAGGAACGAUACAACAGGAACAUAUAAUUGAGGUUGCUGCCAGUAACAAUUCGACUGCUGAUAGAGCAACUUUCAUUCGAACCUCGAAACAAAAAGAACCAGAUGAGAAAGAAUCAUGUGACCUGGUGGAAGAGGAGGAAGAGAAAGAUAUUGGUCACGUGACAUGGCGCUUGUACUGGUCUUUCUUUAGAACUGGAUCCAACAGUGUGUCUAUAUUAAGCUUUGCCUUCUUCUACCUAUUCGUACAAGGUACUAAGAACUUUGAGUGA